AUGCUCACUAUAACUAGGCUAGCGAAAAAUGCGGAGAUGCGCAAGACGGUACUUCUACAAACCAAGCGAAAUACCCAGGAGCCAACUGUGAACCCUCGCCCAAUCGAUAAGAAUGACGACAAGGCAAGGGUUAAACGCUGCGAAUACAGGGAACCGGCCACUACAAGCACCAGCUGUAGCACCUUUCCGUUCAUGCGCUUGCCUGUCGAUCUACGUCUUUGCAUCUAUGACCAGUUGGCAGCCAUGCCGGUAUAUCGAUCAUUCUCUGGGCCAGGUGCCAAGUGGAUUUACUAUAAUGCGCCUUCAGUGGGCAUACUGCGGGUCAACAAGUUGAUUCGUCAGGAAGCCCACUCUAUCACAGAGCGUGGCCACAUGCAAAUGUGCCCAUCGAUCACCUUCAAGCUCCCCGAUCUCACCGGUGAAUGGUACAACUUUAUGAUCAGGAUUCAUGAGAUGAUCAAGGGACUCAAGUGCUACACAGAGUACAUUGGGGAGCAAUACGUGGCACGCUGUGGCCUUCCACGCGAUCUUCAUCCACCCACCCUUGUCGAGAUGAGCAGUGAACUCAGACGGCAUUUACUGGAUGGCUGUUAUCGCUGGCACAGAUCUGGUCUGUGGUUUCACGAUGAGGGCUCCUUCACCGAGUUUGUUAUGCGGAAAAGCUUAGCAUUGCAUCGAGGUAGCAAGCUAGCCAUCCGCGUGAUCAUGGAUGAUAACUCCCCUCGCGAGGGCUACGAAUUUUUUGUUCGCCAAUUUAUUGGACUUCAACUCGCAUGCCCCAUCAGUAGUAGCAUUACGUUCCAACUUUCGGUGCCUGGCGACCGUGUUGCACGUGCUCGGGAGGCCUUCGGUAAGCCGGACUACGCGGGUAGAUACCUAUCACGUGGAACCUGGAGAGUGGACGUGCUGGAAGGUGACGCUGUUCCUUUGCAGUAG